AUGUCUGUUUUGGAGAAAUUACAGCAAGGUCCACGCGAAGGGGUCACCUACCCGUUGUCGCUUGCGUAUUGCGGCAACUGUUCGAUGCCGAUUGAGUAUUGCGAAUAUUACCCGGAAUACGACAAGUGCAAGCAAUGGUUGGAGAGAAACUUGCCUUCAGAGUUCGAGAAGGUGAAAAUCGGCGACGACGGUGGUUCGGUGGAAGAGGAAAAAAAGAGGCAGAAACGGGGCGGAAAGGGCAUGAUUAAAACCAAAAAGAAGGAGGAUGGGCCUAAGCAAGUGUGCGUUUCCAGAGCCCCCAGAGGCAAGAAGAAGUCCGUCACUGUGGUUACAGGACUCAGUAGCUUUGAUAUCGAUUUAAAAGUGGCAGCCAAGUUUUUCGGUACCAGAUUUGCAUGUGGUUCUUCUGUCACUGGAGAUGAUGAAAUUGUAAUUCAAGGAGAUGUCAAGGAUGAUUUGUUUGAUGUUAUUCCAGAAAAAUGGCCAGAGAUUGAUGAGGAUCUAAUUGAGGAUUUAGGUGACCAAAAACGAUAG